AAACUGAAGAGCGGAUGAGUUGUGUAGACCGCGUUUUGCGAGUGUCGGCUUGACAGCAGUGAAACAACGACAUCGUUUUAUGUAUCAUAAACACGAUAUGAGCGUCCAGCAAAUAUACUUAUCAAAAUUCUGUUACAUUUGUAGCUAUUACUAAUAGCUGACUUGCAUUGCUGACUUCUCUGUUUUGGUGCUGAGUUCCCAAACAAGUAAACUUCAUCCGUGACAGUUAAAUUCAAGCAGUUGUCAGUCCUCGGAUCCAGAAUUUAACCGGGUGAGCAUCUGGAUCAUGUCAGAUUUAUGUUGGUAAUGCCAAUAUUGUCCUCAAUGUCUCGUAAUUGGCAAACCAGCAGGGAGAUAGCUUAUUUAGUGACGCUUCUUGACUGUAAAUUAGCCGAGUAGCCGAAGGUAGCUAAAUUAGAUAGCUAACAAAUUAGCUCGGGUGAUCCAAACUGCAAUGACAAUCCAGCUACUGUAAUUUCUCUAGCAGCACUGCCAGCAUAUAAUGUAUUUUCUCUGUAAUUAUUUUCAGAAGAUUGGAGUCUUGUAUUUUUUUGUAAGUGAGUAGCUCACCAUGAUCAUAAUCACUUAUGCAAUUUUUAUAUUGGUAAUAGCUCUUUUACUGGUCAUUUUGUUACAGAUGGAUCAAACGUUAUUAAUAGCCUAAUACAAAUAAACCAUACCAUAUUGUCAUAGGCUGAAUGCACAAAGGGUACUUUCUAUAUUGGUGACACGCAUGACAAUGACAUGUACUUUGAGCCUGAGGCAAUAGCACUGCUAUCUUGAUGGACAUAGGUCAAUGAAGAGACUAAAAAAAGAGUGGUUGCUCUCAUUAUUCCCCUGCACAAGAAGUGGUGAAUGCAAAAACGGUCUACUUUCACAGUGAAAAAAUACAAAAUACCAACUUCCGACAGAUACCCCUAUAAAUUGCAUAAACACCCUACUAGGCAUUGAAAGGGGCUUGUAUGUGCUGCCUAUGAUCCGUGCUCUUAUCCACAAAAUGGAGGCAGGUAAUUGCUCUGCUGGAAACGAGGAGAAACAAACCGUUUCCUCACCUUCAGCUCAACAGGAGAACACUGCUUGUGGUGGACCUGCUGUAGAUGAGCCAGACAGCCAAAGCCAGUUCUCUAGAGCUGCUUCUUACCCUGAAUCAGAAGACCUGGACUCCUUUAACCUAAUAGAGCCCCCUCCUCUGGACUGGAGGUCAGAUGACUCUAGUGAAGCAGGUUCAGUGGAAGAGAUGGACGACCCUAGCUUCCCUCCCUCCUUGGUCCCUGUGGACAGUUUAGAGGACGGAUUAAGUGAGUCCCUACCUCCCUUGUACACCAGUGACACUGCAGCUUCUUCUCUGGUAGUUAGCCAGGAGGAGCUAAUCGACUAUGCUCCUGAGGAUAACACCCCAACCAAACAGGUUCUGGAUCCUAGCAAAGAGGGAGGAGAGGUGGGGGAUGCGAUGGAGGAGAAGGUUGAGAUCAGGAGAACAGGUGACAAAGACCACACGCGGAUCCACCACCUGCUAAACCGACUCCAGGUCAUUGGAGAAAGCCCUCUCCCCAGGGACUCAACCUCUGACCCUACACCACCACCAUCAGAAUUCUCUGAGCCCUCUGAAUUUGAGCCUCCAUGCCAAUCUCUGUUGAUGGACAUCAGCCCAUUGCUACCAGACCCAGAGCAUAACCCGAAACAGGCCUCGGAGAUGCUUUUCUCAGAGAGUAACCAGAGAGACCUAUUAGGGCUGUUGGAGUGUACAGAGAUAGGGGCUGCCCAGCCCAGUUCCUCUGACAUCAAGGUUCCUCCUUACAUGGCCCGGAGAGGGGAGAUGGACGCGGUGGUGUCGGUCUCCUACAACCAGGAGGAUGGCGAAAGGUUCUGGGAACACUUUGGGAACGGCUGGCGGCUGCGCCACAGGGAUGACUCCGUGGAGUCUUUCCCGGAAGACGAGGUCCCAGAGCCCGUAUGGAUGAAGUUAGGGGAGGAGGCUCCGGAGGUAGACUCUGCAGAGAACAGUCAGCGGGGCGCAGAGGACCGCCCAGCCUAUAAAGACGUGCCUGGCCCCUGUGAUCCAAAUGACCUCCUGGAUGGGGUCAUAUUUGGGGCCAAGUACCUGGGCUCCACCCAGCUCAAGUCUGACAAGAACCCCUCCACCAACGCUCAAAUGAAACAGGCCCAGGAGGCUGUGGACAGGAUCAAAGCCCCAGAGGGGGAGUCUCAGCCUAUGACCGAGGUGGAUCUCUUCAUCUCCACUCAGCGCAUCAAAAUCCUCAGCGCAGACACACAGGAGGCCAUGAUGGACCAUCCUCUCCAGAUGAUCUCCUACAUCGCAGACAUCGGCAGCAUCGUGGUUCUGAUGGCCCGCAAGAAGCCGGCCGGGGGGCGUAAGGGCCAGGAGGGGAACCCUGCUGGGGUCAACUCCCCCGGGCCACAGAAAAAGUGCUGCAUGCUCUGCCAUGUGUUCAACUCUGACGAGGCCCAGGUGAUCGCUCAGGCGAUUGGCCAGGCCUUCGGUGUGGCCUACCAGCAGUUCCUCCAUGCCAACGACAUCAAGGCCAGUGAGCUGAGGCCCAGCGAGUACAGUGACUACCUGGGGACACAGGAGCACUAUAACGGAGACCUGGUACACUUCUCGGAUUCAGAUAACAUCAGAGAGGUGUCCAUCUCCAAGGCUCCCAGGGAGAUAGUGGGGGUGGCUGUGGUGGAGUCGGGCUGGGGCUCCAUCCUGCCCACGGUGAUGGUGGCCAACCUGCUCCACGGUGGUCCUGCAGAACGCUGCGGGGCCCUCAGCAUAGGAGACCGCAUCAUGUCAGUCAAUGGCACUAGCCUGGUGGGCCUCCCCAUAGCCACCUGCCAGAGUAUAAUACGGGAUUUAAAAAACCAAGCAGAGGUGAAGCUCAGUAUCGUUCACUGCCCUCCCGUCACCAUGGCAAUUAUCAAGCGACCGGACCCAAAAUUUCAGUUGGGCUUCAGUGUAGAGGACGGGAUUAUCUGCAGUUUGAUGCGUGGUGGGAUCGCAGAGAAAGGGGGCAUCCGGGUCGGACACCGCAUCAUUGAAAUCAAUGGGCAGAGUGUGGUAGCCACUCCUCACGAGAAGAUCAUCCACAUUUUGACUGACGCAGUCGGGGAGAUUCACUUGAAGACCAUGCCAGCCUCUACAUAUCGCCUUCUAACGGGACAAGAAACUCCAGUAUUUCUCUGAGAGAACGUAGGAGAGAAUGCUGCCUGUGCUCUCAGAAGCAAACAAGGAAGAAUACCAUUUGGAAGCUAUACACAUGCACACACGCAGCCUCAAAUUGGACUAUGCAAUUGGACUGUAUCACCUGGCUAUUGAUACACCACUGAACAUAUUUUUUUUUUGUUUUUUUACCUUUAUUUAACUAGGCAUGUCAGUUAAGAACAAAUUCUUAUUUUCAAUAUUGGCCUAGGAACUGCCUGUUCAGGGGCAGAACGACAGAUUUGUACUUUGUCAGCUCGGGGAUAUGAACUUGCAACCUUUCGGUUACUAGUCCAACGCUCUAACCACUAGGCUACCCCUACAUAAUGGGGUUAUCCACCAACAGAAUAUUUUAUGAUGUAUGUUAGAAUAUCAGGAUGAUACAGCAAAUGUUUUCAAAGAUAGAAUUGUUAAUACAUCUCUUGUUUAUAUUUAUGAAAUGUUAAAGCAGAUAACCUCACUUUUCCUACUGACGAUCUCAGUUAUCUUACUAACAUACUAAUUAUCUUUCUGAACAGGAAAAGCAUGAGUACCUGCAAUUAAUUACUUCCACCGCCAUUCUUUAGUUGCCGAUGUGCCUCAGCUCAGUGGAACUUGAAUUCAUGGAGAGGAGCCUAAUUUAAGAAAGCUGGUCCGUAUGUCUCGUCAUUACGUGCUUCCCACCUCUAGACAAUGUAAUUGAGUAACAUGCACAUCAACAAGCGACUACUACAUCAGUAUUACAUUGUUAUUAUGUAUCUCCGAACAGUGUACUAUUAAUAUGCUGAAAGAUUUUACGUUGUGCAUGCCAUUCCCUAUUGUUCCCAUUUCAGUGCCUGGAAGAAUUCAGAAGUUAGUUCUGUAUUUUCAGAAAUGAAGGUAACUGCCUUUAGUGUUAGAGAUAUACACUGAGUGUACAAAACCUUAAGGACACCUGCUCUUUCCAUGACAUAGAUGAGUCCAGGUGAAAGCUAUGAUCCCUUAUUGAUGUCACUUGUUAAAUCCAUUUCAAAUCAGUGUAGAAAGAUGAAGGGGAGGAAACAGGUUAAAUAAGGAUUUUUAAGCCUCGAGACUAUUGAGACAUGGAUUGCAUAUGUGUGCCAUUCAGAGGGUGAAUGGGCAAGAAAAAAGAGUUAAGGGGCUUUUGAACAGGGAAACGCUCAACAGCUUUUCCAUGCGUAUCAAGAAUGGUCCACCACGAAAGGACGCCCAGCCAAUUUGACACCUUGUAGUCCAUGCCUGACAAAUUGCGGCUGUUCUGAGGGCAAACGGUGCUGCAACUCAAUAUUAGGAAGGUGCUCUUAAUGUUUUUUACACUUAGUGUAUAUUUUUAAUGACUGCAGUUGUGUACAUCAUUUCUGUGAUGGGGAUAUGGCCCGGACACAUUAGCCACCACAGGUGAGUACCAGGGUCAUGUAUUAAGGGCACACAAUAGCGAAUGUUUCAAAACGUUGUGCAAUGGAAUAAAAUUGUCUUGAUAAUUAUUUAAUCACUCCAAUAUUGAAAUUAGUUGUAUACUGCAGUGCCACUAAUUAUUUUGCGAACACAAAUCCUGUUGAAUGUUGUGUGCAUGCAAUAUAUCAUGCAGAAUGUUUUCUAUUUUUUAAAGGAAGGCAUCUUCAAAAAAAACUAAGAAAUGUGUAGGUACUUGUUAUAUGUUACAUAUUUUAGCCAAUCAACAUCGUCCAGUGGGCAGAUGUUUUAAUCUCCAAUUACAACACCUGAAAUGGAGAGUUUGAAUUAACGAGUUACUUAAAUUACUUAUUUGGGACAGCUUCACUGAUAAAUAGGAAUAUUGUCAUUGAUUCAAAAAGGUGAGAAUAUUACUUUUUAGUCCAGCAUGCCUCUCGGCUACAUUAGCUAAUUUAAUCAGUAAUACUGCGUAGGCUGUUUUUUUUUUUCCUCACACACGUUAGCAUCACUGGGACGAGAGGACUGUAGGUGCAUGUUAAAAUGUUUAAUUGUAUCGCUAUGAUAACAUGUCAUGUAUUCUAAUGUAUCAUAUUAAGUAUUUGUUUUCAUAGUUUUAUUGUAUAACCAUUUUAAAUUGAGCUCCAUAGUUGUAUGGCUUGUGUAACAAUUUUGCUGACUUGUUUGAACACUGGUAUUAUGAUUUUUUAAAUGUAAUCUAGUUCCAGUUUGAUUCAUGAAUACCUUAAUUUUAUUGAUAAUUAAUGAAAAUGUUAGGUUUGCGUUUCUUGAGUGAUAGUUGUAUAGCGUUUCCUGGUAUGGCAUUUUCUUACUUUCUCUUAGAUUUUUACAUUUUAGUCAAUUUAACAGACCCUCCAGAGUGACUUACAGUAGUGAAUGCAUACAUUUUGGUACUUUUUUCAUACUGGUUCCCCAUGGGAAUUGAACCCACAACCCUGCAACCACCAUGUUCUACCAAUUGAGCCACACUGGACCAUCCUUCUCAGGGUUUUACCCCCAAAUUGUGUGAAAUGUUGCCACUACUCUCAAAAUAUGUGGUCAUACUUAUUGUCAUGAAACAUAGUAAUGUCCCUUUAAUUUAUUUUAUGGUGCACUAUUAAUGUUUUAUUUGAGCCCAGGUCAGUUGAUAUGCUCAAUGGGGGGAGACCAGUUAGGGCUUGAGUAGGCCUAUUUGUAAUCCUCCCACGACAUUCAAUGUCCCAUCUGGGUUCUCAACUGAAUUGUGUUCAAUAGCCAUUUCAGUGGCUGACAUUUAGCCUCACCCGUUUGAUCUGAUUGUUGUGAAGAGAGAUUUAGAGAAUUGAAUAUUGUGAUGUAGUAUUAAAUAAUUUGCACAUUA